AUGAGAAUUACAAACUUAAGACGAGGUAGAAUUUUUCGCAUAGCAGGAAUCUGCCUGUUAUUGUUGGUCUUGAUAUAUGCUAUUCAUAACUGGUCUAGCGCACACGUCGGCACUGAUACUAAUGAAAUAAUUCAAUCUGAUGCUCAAAAAAGUUAUUACAAGUUCCACAGAAACGUUUAUCCAACUCUAAACACCGAACUUGGCAACUUUGAGCCUAAAGUCAGGAGAUCAGUUAAUGGUCCAGGGGAAGAAGGAAAACCAUACCAUAUGUCUCAGGAUCGUGCCAACGAUAUCACAGAGUCUGAGAGUGAAUAUGGAAUGAACAUUGCGGCAUCAGAUGAUAUAGCUAUGAACAGAUCGAUCCCUGACACACGUCUGGAAGAGUGCAAGUACUGGCACUAUCCCAAAGACCUACCUUCAACCUCUGUAAUCAUCGUAUUUCAUAAUGAGGGCUUCUCCGUACUCAUGAGGACGGUACACUCGGUCUUCGAUCGAUCACCACCGCAUAUACUACACGAAGUGGUUUUGGUGGAUGACUACUCCGAUAAGGAUAACCUAAAAGAAAACCUCGAUAACUACAUUAAAAGAUGGAAUGGCAAAGUGCGCCUGAUUAGGAAUACACAAAGGGAGGGCUUAAUCCGCACCCGCUCAAGAGGUGCACAGGAGGCCACCGGCGACGUGAUCGUUUUCCUCGACGCCCACUGCGAGGUCAAUGUCAACUGGCUCCCUCCACUACUUGCCCCAAUUUACAGAGACUACAGGAUCAUGACUGUGCCGGUUAUAGACGGAAUCGACCACAGGACCUUCGAAUAUCGACCAGUGUAUCAGCACGGUACCAACUAUAGAGGCAUCUUCGAGUGGGGGAUGCUUUAUAAAGAGAACGAGGUCCCUGAAAGAGAAGCGAGCCUCCACAAGCAUAAGUCCGAACCAUACAAAAGCCCCACACAUGCUGGCGGAUUGUUUGCAAUUAACAGGAGAUAUUUCCUUGAGAUUGGGGCUUAUGAUCCUGGUCUUUUAGUAUGGGGUGGAGAGAACUUCGAAUUGAGCUUCAAGAUAUGGCAAUGCGGUGGGAGUAUAGAAUGGGUGCCCUGUUCAAGAGUUGGACAUGUUUACAGAGCGUUCAUGCCUUACUCUUUCGGAAGUCUAGCGAAGAAUCGCAAGGGAUCGCUUAUAACUAUCAACUACAAGAGAGUGAUUGAGACUUGGUUUGAUGAGGAGCAUAAGGAGUAUUUCUACACGAGGGAACCGAUGGCCAGGUUCUUAGAUAUGGGCGACAUUAGUGAACAGCUGGCGUUGAAGGAAAGGCUGAAGUGUAAAAGCUUUGGUUGGUUCAUGGAGAAUGUGGCUUAUGAUGUUUAUGAUAAGUUCCCCAAGUUGCCGAAGAAUAUACAUUGGGGCAUGGUGAAGAAUAAGGCUGCAGGUGUUUGUUUAGACACAAUGGGUAAAGCUGCUCCGGCAUAUAUUGGCACGUCGACAUGUCACGGCGCCGGCAACAACCAGCUGUUCAGACUGAACGAGGCCGGCCAGCUGGGCGUGGGCGAGCGCUGCGUGGAGGCCGACAGCGACAGCCUCAAGCAGGCCAUCUGCCGCCUCGGCACCGUCGACGGGCCCUGGAGUUACGACGAGGUACACAACCAACUCGUCCACCGUCUCCACAGCCACUGCUUAACACUGCAGCCGCAGUCUAGGACUCUUGGCUUAGCCCCGUGCGAUCCCAACAAUACAUUCCAACAAUGGACAAUAACCCACAAGAAACCCAAUUGGUGA